GUGAAGGUUCGUAGAACAAAAACAACGAGCAUUCUCAACCUCUACAGUAUUAUUAUUGUUAAUUUUCAUUUCAUUCAGAAAAAUGUCAGCUUCGUAAUAAAAUUUGCGUUCAAUUCAAUGACAAGACAUUGGUUGAGUUUUUCAGUGGAAUCAAACGAAUCAAACCAAAGUGAAUUAUAAAGCAUCACUCAUGUUUGAAACUUUUCAUUGGUGGCUUUAGUUAAAUGGUUUUACAUUGAAGUGUUAUGUAUCGUGUGACUUUAUACAUUCUUUGUUUAUUACUAAAAGAAAUGCAAACUGAUGGUAACAGAAAACGUUUGGCUUAAUCAACGAGUCAAGCAAAUAAUGAAAACAAGUGAUUUUCUAACACGACUAUUACAUUAGAAUGGUCGUGACAUCAAACGUGGAAGGUGCAAUGAGCGCCACCGACGGCGCCGAGAAGUCGGUUCUAGCCGCCAACUGUUAUUGCAGAGAUUACAUUCGUGGAUUUUGUGCACGGGAAAACUGCAGAUUUAUUCAUGAUGUGCCUCCUAAGUCCUGCUUGAAGGAACUGUUUCGGUUCUGUCACGAUUUUCAGAAUAAAGGCUGUUUCAGAACAAAUUGCAAAUUUAUACACAGCACUGUAGAAGAUGAGGACAAAUUCUAUGCCACAGGCAUGUUUCCACGGAACACACGUAAUACACCAGUUUGCCAAGCUUAUGUAGCCAAUGCUUGUUCUAAUCAAGACUGUCAGUAUGUACAUCCACCUGAUGUACCCGGGAAUGAGAUUGUGUCCGUACUAAAUAUGCCACCUCCACUGCAAUACAGUCGCCCACCACCUCCAAUUAGAGAUGACGAUUCCCCUCCAGAGGCUAAAUUACGCCGCUUUGCAUUUGAAGAAAAUAGUUUAGAUAACCAAGUGUUAACCACAUCAAACCUAUGCGGUAAUUGUGAGGCAAUGGACCAUAAAAUAAAGUUACUACAUGAUAAUAUUAGUGUACUCUUGAAAAAAGUUGGAGAUUUGACUGAAAAGAAUGUGCAGUUGACUUCUAUGAAUGAAUUUUUACUAGAACAAACAGCUGCUGUGAGAACUGGCCAGCCUUGUGUGAUCACUUCUAGACAUGGCACAUCAGCACCUGUAUCUUUGGCCACAGUCAGUGUCACUCCUGUUGUGAGUCUUGCUGGUGCUCUUCCAGCCUUAGUUCCUGCAGCAGCUACACCAAAUUUGGCAUUAGCUCCAGCUGCUUCUCGAGCUCAAUUAUUAACACCUGCACCACAAAUUCUAACAGUGAGCACAACUCAACAGUUGAUGGGUAACUCUGGUGCCCUUAUAGUUACUAGUGCUGGUGCCCAACAAUUGAUGCAAGUUAGUGAUUCAGGAACAUUGAUGGGUGGAGGACAAACUGUCGUAGCAGUUCCUGCUCAGUUGACUUUAGCACAGCCUGCACAACAGCUCAUGAGUAAUGCAUCUCAAACUGCUGUACAACAACUUGUGCAGCAAUCAGCAUUACAACCUCAACUAGGACCUCAACAUCAAGCUACCCAGUAUGCUACUCAGCAAUCUGUACAACAUUUAGCUGCCCAGCAAAAUGCUCAACAUCUAGCUCAACAAUCUGCACAACAUUUGGCAGCUCAGCAGUCUGCCCAACAUUUAGCAGCCCAACAAUCAGCACAGCACUUGGCAGCCCAACAAUCAGCUCAACAUAUGGCUGCUCAACAGUCUGCACAACAUCUAGCAGCACAGCAAUCUGCACAGCAUUUAGCUGUUCAGCAAUCUGCUCAACACUUAGCAGCACAACAAUCUGCACAGCACUUGGCUGCACAACAAUCAGCACAGCACUUGGCUCAACAAUCUGCUCAGCACUUAGCGGCACAGCAAUCUGCUCAGCAUCUAGCAGCUCAACAAUCUGCGCAGCAUUUGGCCGCAGCGGCGCAACAGUCGGCACAGCAGCUUGCAGCCGCCGCACAGCAGUCUGCUCAACAAAUGGUAGCUCAGCAGUCUGCACAACAGUUAGCUGCUCAGCAGUCAGCACAGCAGCAGCUUGUUCCCUCUGCUCAACAGCUUGUACAUCAAACAUCCACCCAGCAAAUUACUAUCUCUAGCACUAGUCAGCCUAUGGCACUAACUAAUUCUCAGGCUCAGCCAAUUACAUUCCCUAUGAUAUCACAAAGUAUACUACCACAUUGACACAUUUACACACCCAUUGUUAUAACUAAAUGAAUCUGAUUUAAUGAAUGAAAUGAAAUGAAUAAAAAUUAUUAGAAGUUGAUUAAUCAUCAUGGUAUAAUAGAAAUCUAAGUAAUAAUUUAAGCAAUAUUGAUAUUCAAGAGGGAAGUGUUAUUAAACACACAUCUAACAGUGUUAAUUAAGAAUUCAUUAUGCUUUUAAAUAAUACAUGAAGCAGUAUUUUUAUGAUAUUAUUGUACUUGCUGUGGUAUGUGUACACUCAAUUAAGUAAUUUUGCGAAGACCACUGCACUCCAGUGUAUGAUUAGUUAGUUAUUAAGAUGUUAUGAAGAGUAGGCAUAGUUGCCUUAUUCAUAAUCAGUUAUUUUCGCCUAAUAAUUAGCUAUUAAACUUUUUGUCCAACUCUCUCAAACUAUCUUUAAACUUGAAAGAAAGGAACCAAACAGUUUAAUACCUAAAUGAGUUUUAUACGCGAAUUGUAGAUGGCAGUAUAUGAAUAAGACAAUUAUACCUAAACAAAAGAUCUUGUCGGAUUUGAUUGUCAUUUGCGGGCCCACCGUGGCGCAUGCUGUGCACGGGCACGCGACCUAUUUUAGCUGCGUGUAUUAAUUUGUUUGACAACGUGAGUCUACGUUUCCACUGGAGUACACGAAUAUGACAGACGACUAUGUAUAGCGUGGCUCGGCGCACAGAGAGGGUACGCACGUGCCACUGCAAUCCAAUCAAAAAUCCGGCGAAAAGUGACCUGUGCGUAGUCGAGGGUCAUAUUUGUGUACUCCAGUGGAAACGUAGACCCACGUCGAAAGCGUUGAGCUAUGUAACCGCCUAUACGUGCAAGCCACGCAUGUAUCAGUGACGAGAAUUUAUGCGUAGCUUUUCCGUGGGUUGCAGUGGACACACACACAUACAUUUUCUUCAAAGCGAAGUUUUAUACAUAUUCUUUUGCAUGCACCGCGGUGGACCCGCGCCUUAAUGUUGAUUUUUAAGCACUCCACCGACAAAAGAACUGCGGUUUAAUCUCGCUUGGCUGCCAAACUCGAUUCAAAGUCUUUGGGUCAUCUCCACAGGGCGAAACGUGUAGGCAGAAUUGUUGCUGCUUCGGUAUCAUUGAAUCGUCCAAAGAGAUGGCGCCUUUAGAUCCAAAGAAAAAUUGACAGUAAUUUUGAAUCAAGUGUGAAUGAUGACUUAAUUUAUGUUUGGUAUUAUUCAAUGUAUACGAUCAAUUAGAAUACAUGUUUGCUUAUUUUGCAUUCACUGAGUCUGUAAAUUAAUACAUUUCAGUUAAACAAAUAGACUCGAGUGGCAUAGUAAAUUCUAUGGGUAUAAUUAAUAUCCACUUUUUCUAGAAUUAGUUAAAAAAUGUUUGGCUAUCUAUUUGUGGGCUAUAAGAAAUGAGGUAGCUAUGCCAUUUAUUUUUCAUAAGAAAUUAAAAGGAAGUUUGAAAUA